UCUGCAGUGCUGAUCUCUCCUGCUUCUCAGCCCAAACGAUGCAUAGGUAUCCAGGAUUUAAUAUGCAUUAAAAAGAAGAUGCAAAAUGAAAACAUCAUGUUCUAAGUGCUUUUUCAGCCAAACUUGGAACUAAAGAAAUUCGGUUUCUCUAGACCCGUGGUCCAAAGCAUUUGCUAUGGCACGUGCUGGAGUCAUUCCUGUCAUGCUGAUACUAAGUUUUUCCCAGCGUAAGGCACUGUUUUCCACUAGCCUGGCAAGUGAACAACCAGAUGUAGUGGAUACGCUUGGGCUACAUAGUGUUCUGUGGAUUACCAAGCAUGAGUCGAGACUUAUUCUGUUCUGGAACAAUAACCUAACAAAAGAAGAAACUGAGAAUUACACUGUGAAAUAUAUUUUGAGUUAUAAAUUCUUCAAUACCACUCAUGAAAGGAAAGAAAGACUGCAGGAGAAGAAAAAGCUAAUACGUCUUGAGUUACAUUCUGGUUUUAAUGCUAAAGUUAAAACGCAGCUUUUUGCAAAAGAAACAGGAGAUGUAAUUAAGGAGAGUAGCUGGACAGAAUUUACUUACAAGGCACCUCCAGUAUAUAUUCAGAACCUGUCAUGCAUCAUAUAUAACAUUUCUUUUUUCAAUUGCACCUGGCAUAUUAAAGCAGAAGCUCCUGAAGAUAUCCAGAUCUUUUUUUCAUACAGACAUGUAGGAAAAGAUUUUGACUGCCAGCAAUAUAUAAAAAAUGCAAGGAAGAAAAAUACUGGAUGCCAUAUGAAAGAGAUAGAUUUCCAACCAUCAAGAAAAAUUAAUUUAAACAUAACUGUAAGAGAUCUGAGAAACAAUUCAAGAAGAUUGUCUUAUUACAAAGCUUUUACACCUCAAAAAAUAGAGAAACUGAAUCCACCGAUCAACGUCUCAGUUUCCCUUGAAAACAGAAGUAUUAAAAUUCACUGGAAACCCCCGCCUACUAUUGGUUCUGCAAAUAGCAAGUGCUUUUUGUAUCAAGUGAAAAUAACAGAUCGUAAGAUUGUAGAUGUCACUGCAGAGAAAUAUGAGUAUCCAUUUCAUAAGCCAGCAAAAAAAUGCACGGCACAAGUGAGGGUAAAGAAAGAGAUAUGUAUAAGAAACAAGGUUUGGAGUGAAUGGAGUGAACCAGUGUUUAUUCACGAUGGAAAGACACUGGAUGUCACGUUGCUAAGUCUCACCUUGUUUUGUCUCCUGAUUUUCCUUGGAGGUUUGCUGAUAUGUGCAUGUAGAAGGUACAGAUGCCUGGAAGUUAUAACCGUGCCUGUUCCACAUCCUUCAGAUAAUAUCAAAACUUGGUUAGCUGUAAAUGAGACUCACCACCAGUCAUCUUCUCAGAAAAUAAAAGCCCAAGAGCUCCAGAACUGGACUGAAGCCAAGUCUCUUAUUCUCAAGAUUCAAAAAACAAAUGUCAAUGCAAAUGGAGAUGCACUCUGAGGUUACUUUGGGAAUACCAGAAGAGAAUGGAGACAAGAAUGUUCAACAACAGAGAUGUUUGAAGGAACCUGGAUUAGAAGACCUAUAGGCACAGUACACUUCUUUUAUCUGUAUGCAAGAGUUAUCUUUCUGUGAGAUGGACAAUAUUCUGACAGAUUUAAGAACAGCUGAUACUGGAGUUUGACUGAGUCCAAUAAUUUGAAGUAUUUUGAGCUCUGACAUUGUGUAACUCUUAAAAUGAGCUUUGGAUCACAAAGGCAAAGCAAUACCUUGCAGUUUGUCUCUAACUACUACUGAUCUUCAGCCAGUAAAAUUGCAGCACCUCAGACAAUAUGAUCGGAUAUUGAGGUCCACUUGGGUUAAAAUGGAAUUAGAGCUAGUGUUUCAUAAUGCUGCAAUAGCUUCCAAGUACUGACUGAUAUAUCAAUGCCUUUGAAGACUGGAUAUUCAUACAAAUCACAUACUAGCUAUUCAACAUCUGAUUUUUCAUGAGAAAUGGUGGAAGCAGUGAAUGUUUCUGGAACAGCAGCAGAAGCUCACAAGGGCUCGCUAAAGCUCAAAAAAAACCCCAACCCAAAACCCAAACACCUUCUGAGGCAUUGCAUUGUGUAAGCAGACAUCAACCAGAAAGAAGAGUCAUGUGUGAAGGCAUAAGGUCUUUCCAUAUGAUGGACUUAUUCCUUUGAAGUGAGUAAAAGGAGAAAACUUUAGACAAGGUAAAGAAAACAAAAUUUUUGACAGUAUUGUGAUUGUUUAAAUAAGUGUAACUCAGAGAAUUUAAAGUCCAGAACUGACCAACUAUUGCUAUUUAUUUUUCUCUGUGCUUUUAAAGAAAACUUUCUCUCAAUUUCCAUGAGGUGGUGAGCCAUGCCAGUUCAUUUUGAGGUACACAAUCAGGACAGACUAUCUUAACUCUUAGUUAAGACAGUAUUUAAUUGACUACAAGAGAAGGAAAAUAGGGCCUUGAUUUUGCAAGGAGGAUGUUUCCGUAGACUUUUUUUGUAGGCAGGAAAUACAAAUAAAUGAUGGAACUGAUUUUCUGGAAGGCUUGGAAGCUACCUAAAAAACUCUUGCUUUCAUUUCUGGUAAAUUUUCUCCAUGUUCAAAAUAAUAUUGAAGGAAAUAUUUGAUUACACUUGAAAUAAUAACA